AAUAUUGUCAGCAAAGAUCUCGGUUCGGUAUCUAAAGCGAAAUUCGAUAGAAAUAUUCCCUAUCAAAGUGUCCAUAUGUUAGGAUAAAAUCAUUGGUACAUUUAAUUCAAUUUUAACAGAAAAAAAUCAAACGCCGACUUAGACCUGUUCCAUCAGUGGGCUGAUCAUGAGAAGAUAAAUCAAUAAGCAUGCCACGUAAUGUUGCUAUUAGUGAUUGGAAUUCAACUGGAUUUGUAUUAUUGGAAAAUAAAUCUUAAUAGCAGGUCAGAGUAACUCAACUUGAUUCACAACUUGACACGGGUCGAAGAACAAAACGAAAGGAUUUAAGUAGAACAAAAAAUAUCGCCACCUGUAUCAACAAUUUAUUCUGCACUUAGUACAAUGCUGCCGUUAUACCACACACUAUGUAUACUAGGCAGCAUUGCGUACAUAUCGACGUUGGUAUGUGCAGUUCAGCAGAACGUGAUAUUCGCAAUCAAUGCCGGAGGAGAUGCUCACGUUGAUUCCAACGGAAUAAAAUAUGCUCGUGACCCGUUGAUGGGUAAGGUUGGGACCGAAUCAGACUAUGGUAAACAACUGCUGAUGAUCAAUCGUGUCAAGCCGAACGAUGAGUUGCUAUAUCAAACCGAACGGUAUCAUCACGACACGUUCGGGUACGAUUUACCGGUUGCGGGAGAUGGCGAAUAUGUUUUGAUUUUGAAGUUCUGUGAGGUGUACUUCAAUGCACCGAACAUGAAAGUGUUCGAUGUGUUACUCAACAACCGCCAUAUGGUCGUGAGCGAUUUGGAUAUAUUUUCCUUGGUUGGUAAAGGCACGGCUCAUGACGAAUACGUGUACUUCACCGUGUCACGGGGCAGACUGUACUUUAAGGAAGAAGAUUCUGAAAUACGAGGGGGUAAGGUGAAAUUGGAGUUCCUAAAGGGUUACAAAGAUAACCCGAAAAUCAAUGCAAUCGUGCUGAUCAAAGGAUACGAUGAAACGACUAUUCCUAAGUUAACUCCAGUCGCUAGUGAACAGACAGUGCAAGAGCAGCACGUGGAUCCUCCGAUCGGGGAUGUCUUCGUAGAUGGAGACGCACAAACGGAUGGAAAAGCAAAACAACGAAAGACUAGCGGCCCCAAGCAACCCAAUCCUUACUCACUGGAUGAAUCGUCUAUGAUGUUGCCAGUUUUUAUUGCUAUAGGAGCGUUUAUACCACUAUUGUUUUGUUUGUGUCGACUGUGAUUUUAUCAGAAACAUCAUCUUGAUUUUUAAGCGGUAGUUAUGCAAUGGUUCUUGAUUGAGCUGACAAGUUUGUUGGUAUAUUUUUAAUUAGUUAAGAUGGUUCUUGGUAUUUCGAAUGCACGGUCGAAGACAUUUCGGCACGUUAUAUUUGUCAGUUUGGCGUGAAAAUUUAGUUUUCUUGCCUUUAAUUUACAGUUCUUUAGUUUAAAUCGAGACCCAGUUACCUAAAUAGGUUUGCUCGACAACCAAGACUUCUAAUUUGAACUGUCUUAUUUAAUAGCUCAACAAUCAAGUCUUACCAGUACCAGUAGAUAUUGACUUUUAUUUAACAAAAAAAAAAAAAAAACUAGACAAAUGCUCAAAGAUGUAUCGUUUAAUAACAUAUUCUGAUAGAUACAGAUCAGAUAAUAAUGCACAAUAGACCACAUUUUAUGUUCAAUCAAGCUAUCAGCAGCUGUGAGUCGUACUUACAUUAGUUUUUACGAUUAGUUUUAAAAUAUUGCUGAAAGUAACAAGCAAUACAGACUUAAAGUAAUCCUUCAUAGAGUUUAACUUCAGUCAUUUUUCUAGCGUUUGUUUAGUUUGUACAAUAAGCUAGCUUAUUUAUUUAUAUUAGGAAUGAUAAUAAUGUAACGAUCUACG